AUGUCUCCAUCACCACAUUCCCAGACAGCUACCCAUAUCCUUAGUCUCGCCAACUACACAUCCCAUCACCUCGUUCCACUCACCCCGAAGCCCUCCACUCCACUCCUACCCUCCUCUCUCCGCCUCCGUACCGUCAUUAUCAGUCUGACAACGAACAACCUCUCCUAUGCACGCCUCGGCCAUCUAAUGGGCUGGUACUCUACGUAUCCGCUCCCCACUACGACACCUGCUCCGUAUGACGAUUCUGCAAGGUACGGCCGCGUUGCAGCAUGGGGCUAUGCCGAGAUUCUAGAAAGCACUGUCGAAGGCAUUGAGAAAGGAAUGAGCGUGUAUGGCUAUCUUCCCAGUAGCACAGAGUGGGAGGAUAUAACUGUAGAAAGGGCUAAAGACGCACGGGAUGGUCGUGUGAUCGACGACCAAGUUAUUGUGACGGACGCACAUAGACAGCAUCUGUGGAAGAUCUACAACCGGUAUCGGAUUUGUGGUCCGCUUCUUAAGAUGGCUGAUCAGACUGAGCAAAAAGACGAGUUGGGCUGGAGUGCGCUGAUGAUGGGUCUUUUCACAGUUGCGCAUAACCUCUCCAAUUAUGUUUUCCCACCACAGAAAGUGGACGGAGGGGCGAGGGAACAGACGGGCCGGAUACAUCCCACAGGAAAUGGGGAGUGGAGCGUCGAAGACGCGGACUUGAGAGAUGCGGCGGUUGUUGUGCUAAAUGCGAGUGGUAAGACGGCAUCUUGUUUUGCGUAUGUUCUUCGACACUGUCGACCCGCUGAGCACCAACCUGCUCGUAUUAUCGGCAUUGGAUCUAGAGCCUCCAUUGAGGUCAUCAAGAGAACUGGAUGGUACGACAACGCAUCUCUCUAUGACAAUUUCGACGAAACUGCCAUAGAGAUCAAAAGCUCGAAUUCGAAACGCAUCGUUUUCUUCGAUUUUGGCGCCCGACCUGGAGCAAACGCGAAAUGGCGAUCCGCUCUUUCUUCACUCUCGCCCACUGUCCCUUUCACACUAGUGACAGUUGGUGGUGAGGUCGCACCUCAAGAUCCAGAAAAGGCCACGCAACGGCUCGCUAACAGAGCUUCCUUGAACAUUGUCAACGCGGGCUUGUUGCAAGAAAAGGGUAUUGAGACUGCUGGAAGCAUGUAUUUUGAUAAUGUGUAUGCUGCGUUUCAGGUGUUCUGGAGACGGGCCAGAGAGGUAGGAAUGUUGGAGUUGAAGUGGGGUGAGGGGCUAGAGGACUGGGAACGAGGCUGGGAGAUGCUAUGUAGGGAUGAGGUCAAAGCUGAUGUGGGCCUGGUGUACAGUAUUUAG